AAUGCUUAAUUUUAGAGACUUAUCACGAAGAUUCCAUGAUAAGUUAGGAUUAUGGCGUACAAAAUUACACCACAAAUGUAUGAGAAAAUUAAGCAUUUUGCACGUUUCCCUCAAACAGGCGUGUCAUUGAGGCAGAUGGUUAUGUUCGGACAAAAUCCUUCUCAAGGAACCUUGCUAAAAGCAACUCAAUUUCUGGCGGAUGAAUUACCAAUUCGUAUCGCACAUCGCGUUAAGGAAUUAGAUAAUUUACCACACAAUUUGAGUGAAAUGCCAUCAAUAGUUAGAGUCAAGAAUUGGUAUGCUCAGUCUUUCGAGGAGCUUAUCAAUUUUCCAAAACCCGAACUUCCACAAAGUAUAAGGGAAAGACUUUUUGCGACCUCUAAUCCUUCCAAUCCCUCAACUACCAUUAUGUCAACAGCCACAAAACUUGGUCACGGGUACUAUUCACAUGUCGAUGAUAUAGAUUGGCCGCCUGAAGUUCGUUACUAUAAUGAAAAAUUCACAAAGUUGAUUGAAGCAAUUAAAAGGCGCCAUGAUCCUGUCGUAACUACAGUGGCUCAGGGAAUUUUGGAAUAUAAACAGCAUAAAAAAUCUACUAUGAUUGAUACAGAUAUACAAUCCUUUUUAGAUCGUUUUUACAUGUCGCGUAUUGGAAUUCGUAUACUAAUUGGUCAACAUGUUGCGCUUAAUCGUCUUCCAUCAAGACCAGAUUAUGUAGGUAUUAUUUGUACCAAAACCAACAUUGCGAAAACUGUACAAGAAGCAGUGGAUAAUGCCAGGUUUAUUUGCGAAGAAUAUUAUGGACUUUUUCGCGCACCUGAAAUUCAAUUAUAUUGCCCAGAAGAGUUAUCUUUUACUUAUGUUCCUACACAUUUGAACCAUAUGCUAUUUGAAUUAUUAAAAAAUAGUUUACGUGCCUUAGUAGAACUUUUUGGUGAUGACGUUGAUGAAUAUCCCACAAUUAAAGUAAUUGUAGCCGAAGGAAAAGAGGAUAUCACAAUUAAAAUAUUAGAUGAAGGUGGCGGUAUACCAAGAAGUAAUAUUCCUUUAGUAUGGACUUACAUGUAUACGACAGCAGAAGCACAGACGUUGGAUCCUAAUUUCAGUCAAUCAGACUUUAAAGCUCCUAUGGCAGGUUUUGGUUAUGGACUACCCCUUAGUAGACUGUAUGCUAGAUAUUUUGGUGGAGAUUUGAAAUUAAUUUCAAUGGAAGGGUUUGGAACGGAUGUAUAUCUUCAUCUAAACCGAAUCUCAAAUAGUGAUGAACCUCUACAUUAAUAACAUUGCGAACAGGAUAAAUGCUGAUCUGUGUUUAGUACUAAAAAAUAGAAUAAUUUAUAUUAUAUAGUUCUUUCCAAACUAAGACAAAAUUGUUGGCUACAUGAAAUACUAAAUUAAUAUUAUUUUCAUAAUGUAGACAAGACUUCUUUAAUACUUUCUUCAGUGUUAUUAUUAAUUUUGUAAAUCGAUAUUAAAUUUCUUCUAUAAAAAAAAACUUCAAAUCAGAUUAUUAAAUUUAGAAUGUUUCUCGCCA